UCUGAGUAUGGGUCAGCAUUUACAGUCUUGCUCGUGUCACGUCACUUAUUGCUAUCUUUCUCAUUACAUGAUUCAUUUAUCUGAUGCUUUUAUCCAAAGUGCUGUCUGUGUCAGAGGGUCGCACGGCUCUGGAGCAACUAGGGGUUAAGUGUCUUGCUCAGGGAGCAUCUUUUUAUUAUGAUUUAUGAAUCAGGUGACUGUAUCAUUCAAUCAUUGAGAAGGAUUUCAGACACUGGGUUCAAUCACCUCGACUAGAUAAAACCCAGAGUUUAUCGAUCAUCUGAUUCUGCAGCUCAGGAGUCUCCAGAUCCGAUCUUUCAGAGCUUCAUUCACAGAUGAUGUGCAGGGUUAGUGUCAUCACUGGUUUAUGAAGAAGCUGAAUGACAUUUAACUACUUUGUGUCUGUUUUUCUGAGUUCCAGUGUGUUAGGGUUAGUUCUCCGAGGAACGUCUCUGGAGGAAGAGCUCAGGCUCAAGAAAGCGUCUCCUGUGAUGAUCUCUUGAUCUUGGCCACUCGUCAGAGUCUCAGGGUCUUUUAAGGAGAUGAAAUAAUGAACAGCUGAUUAAAAGUCUAAUAUGAUGUGGAGUGAAACUUGAAGCGUUCAGGCAGACAGAUGUUCUCCCCGAGGCGUUCUCCAGCGUUCCUCUGGGUUCCUGCAGCUUCAGGCUUUGGUUUGAGGAAUGUGUGAAGGAUUUCAGAAGCGCUGCUGGUAUCUGAGACUCUUCGGAUCAAUCCAGUGAAAACACAGCUUUCGUUCACACAAACACUGAGACAGCAGAGUUUCCUGCAGCGAGUGAAUGGGUCCAGGAUCAGAUGAUGUGGCUCCGGACUCUCCUGCUGCUCGGCCUCGUGGGACGUCUGCUGGACGAGUGUUCUGGACAUUCCUCUGAGGAUGAGGAUUAUUACAUGCAGGAGCUCUUGAGUCGGGAACAUUACCAGCGCGUCUCUGAGAACGGAGCCGCUCCCACACCAGCCACUGGGAAGCAGCCCAAAACCAGGUCAGCUGCUUCCAAACCAGCAGGCGGAUCUGAUUCAGCACCAGUGAAAAGUGGAAGCAAAAAGAGUGAGAAGAACAAGAAAGCAGUGAAAGGCAGCAGUGGCGGGGACGCUCUGAUCUCUGAGAGCAGCGACUGUCCUCCGCUGGGUCUGGAGACGCUGAAGAUCGAUGACUUUCAGCUCCACGCCUCCAGCAUGAGACACUACGGUCUGGGGCCGCACAGGGGUCGGCUCAACAUCCAGGGCGGUCUGUACGAGGAUGACCUGUUUGACGGUGGCUGGUGUGCAGGACGGAAUGAUCCACUGCAGUGGUUCGAGGUGGAUGCUCGCAGACUCAUGAAGUUCACCGGUGUCGUGACUCAGGGACGGAGCUCACUCUGGUCGAGUGAUUGGGUGAGCUCGUAUAAAGUUCUGCUCAGUAAUGACUCUCACAGCUGGGUGACGCUGAAGAACGGCUCCAGAGAUCUGAUCUUCAGCGCGAAUCGAGAAAAGGAGAUUCCUGUUCUCAAUGUCUUCCCCAAACCCGUGGUGGCCCGUUACAUCCGCAUCAACCCACGCUCCUGGUACGCCAGCGGCGGCAUCUGCAUGCGUGUGGAGAUCAUGGGCUGCCCGAUGCCAGAUCCAAACAAUUAUUAUCGGCGACGAAAUGAAGUGACCACGACAGACAACCUGGACUUCAGACACCACAGUUAUAAGGAGAUGAGACAGCUGAUGAAGGUGGUGAAUGAAAUGUGUCCAAACAUCACACGCAUCUACAACAUCGGCAAGAGCUACAACGGACAGAAGCUCUACGCCAUCGAGAUCUCAGACAACCCUGGAGAACAUGAGCUCGGUGAGCCAGAGUUCCGCUACACGGCUGGUUCCCACGGUAACGAGGUCCUGGGCCGCGAGCUGCUGCUGCUGCUCAUGCAGUUCAUGUGUCAGGAGUAUCUGAGCGGAAACACACGCAUCCGGCGGCUCGUGGACCAGACACGCAUCCACCUGCUGCCCUCCAUCAACCCCGACGGCUACGAGAAGGCCUCCGAAAUGGGUUCGGAGCUCAGCGGCUGGUCUCUGGGCCGCUGGAGUCAGGACGGUCUGGACAUCCAUCACAACUUCCCUGACCUCAACUCGGUUCUCUGGGAAGCAGAAGCCCGGAAAUGGGUCCCGCGCAAAUUCCACAACCACCACGUGCCCGUCCCGGACUGGUACCGCUCCACAAACGCCACCGUGGCGGUGGAGACACGUGCUCUGGUGUCAUGGAUGGAGAAGAUCCCGUUUGUGUUGGGAGGAAACCUACAGGGUGGAGAGCUGGUGGUGACGUUCCCGUUUGACCGCACGCGCUCAGUGACGGUGCUCCGCGAGGCCACGCCCACCGCUGAUGACCACGUGUUCCGCUGGCUGGCCUUCUCCUACGCCUCCACUCACCGGCUCAUGACCCACGCCAGCCGCAGGGUCUGCCACACCGACGACUUCGCCAAGGAGGACGGCACCAUCAACGGAGCCUCGUGGCACACGGCUGCAGGAAGUAUGAAUGACUUCAGUUACCUGCACACCAACUGCUUCGAGCUCUCCAUGUACGUGGGCUGUGAUAAAUUCCCACACGAGACCGAACUACCGGAGGAGUGGGAGAACAACCGUGAAUCACUGCUCGUCUUCAUGGAGCAGGUGCAUCGUGGGAUCAAAGGUGUUGUCAGGGAUGUUCAGGGCAAAGGCAUCGCUAACGCCAUCAUCGCUGUGGAGGGAAUCAAUCACGACAUACGCACAGCGUCUGACGGUGAUUACUGGCGUCUGCUGAACCCCGGAGAGUAUCGUGUGAUGGUCCGCGCCGAGGGCUUCAGCGUCAGCAGCAAGGUUUGCACGGUGGGAUACGACAUCGGAGCCAGCAGGUGCGACUUUGUGCUCGGCCGCUCCAACCUGUCACGCAUCAAAGAGAUCAUGCAGAAGUACAACAAACAGCCAAUCAGCACGAGACAGAGACUGAGACAGCGCCGCCUACUGGACACAUAGAGAGGGGGGUGUGUGUGUGUGUGUGUGUGUGUGUGUGUGAGAGAGACAGAGAGAGUGUGUGUGUGUGUGUGUGUGUUUAAGAGAGAGAGAGAGAGAGAGAGAGAGAGAGUGUCUCUGUGUGUGUGUGUG